AUGUCAGAUUCACCCAAUGAAAUUCUUCAAUAUAGGGAUAGUCCUGAGUUCGAAGAUUGCUGCGAUGCUAUAUCUCAAGAUUUAUUUGAAUUGAACGGGAGCCUUUCAACUAUGAACCACUUUGUAACGGCUUUGGAAACGAAUGUAUCCCACGGUAAAUCUAACACUAAAGUUAUCGACAAUAUCAAUAAGAAGACGGUUGAACUAAUAGACAAAAGUACAAAAUUAGUAUCAUCGAUAAACGAGAAUAUUCAUAAAGUUAAUGAGUUAGAGGAGUCGGCUUUGGAUAAGCCUCAUUUGAUCACAAGGGAGAAGUUGACUAGGGAUGCGAAAUUCUCUGUACAGGAAUUCAAGAAAUAUCAACAACAUUUUCUUGAAGUUACAAAGCGGAUAAAUGACAUGGCCAAAGUGGCUUUGGAAGAUGAAGAACAAAAUAAUUCCUUGAUGGAUACUGUUUUAAGAGAGGAAGAAGAUGAACACGCAAAAAGAACACAGGUGGUUAUAGAGCGAGAACCAAUAAAUAAUGAGGAAUUUGCAUACCAGCAACAUCUGAUCAGGGAACGAGACCAAGAGAUAUCAAACAUAGAACAAGGUAUAACGGAAUUAAAUGGCAUAUUCAAGGACUUAGGUGGUUUAGUGCAACAGCAAGGGCAGCUAGUAGAUAGCAUUGAAGCUAAUUUGUACAAUGUAGAAGAUAAUACCAGAAAUGCAGCAAAUGAGUUAUCUCGCGCUAUGAGAUCCGGACGCAGUUCAAGUAAGCUAAAACUACAUUUCCUUUUCAUACUAUUGUUUUUCCUUCUUCUCACAAUACUGGCUGUUUUCAGUUGA